AAAGCCAUUGUCCCGUCAGCCUAGCAUCCGUAUAAAAACGAAUUCCUGCCGCCGCCUUGGUAGGGAGUUAGUUGGUUGGUACCGGUACGCAGACAGCCAGACAGACGGACGGACCACGACGCACCGCAAAGCAAACAUGGGAACGCGCAACAUGGGCCCGGGCAAGCGCGCCAAGCUGAGCUGGUUCAAGAAGAAGAACGGAGAAGGCGGUGCUGCUGCUGAAGUGUGUGAUAGGCCGUUUCAGCGUUCUGAGGACCGUAAGAGGGAUCAGGCGGCUGCUGAUGCAGAGAAUGGUACAGGCAAUGCUACUGCUACUGCUGGCGCAGCGAAGCCUAAGAGCGCUUUCAAGCGCGCUGCUAAGAAGACGAGGGAUAGGCUGCGUGGUGUGCUUGAGCGGGUGCGCAAGCGCCGUGCGGGCAAGACGCAGACUGCGCAAGGUGAAGCCGAAGGUGCAGCCGAAGGCGUAGUCGAAGGUGAAGGCGCUGGUCAAGCGCCGAAGCGACCCCCCCUCAGCACAGCAGCGCGUCAGGCUCCGCCUCGGCUAUCGACCAGGCCGUCUUCGACGGCUGGAGCGAGAUGGGCGCCAGCGCGCUGGUGGACGGGCUGAGCAACCCCAGUGCGAGCGGUGCGAGCGCCUCGACGGGCCAGGGUAGUGGGAC